CCGGCGCCCCAACCGUCCUGCUGAGCGGCCGACCUCACACCCUUCCCCGCAUUAAAUCGCACGCUGCCAAAAUCACGCUCCCUCUCCUCCCGGCUCCGUCAAACUCUCACAGCCACCUCGUCUCCGCCGCCGCUGCGGUUACGCUGUCUCGGCUUCACCUCCGCGCGCGCGGGGUCAAGGCUCGCAACCGGUUUAAGUCCAACACCCGGUGCCUGCCGGCUGCCGCCACCGUGAUGUGUACUCCUGCCUCGUUUUCCCGUCGGUGAGGCUAUUGGAAGCGGGCAGAGGAGAAGAGCGGAGGGGAGGGAGGUGGUAGCCUAGACGGCGCCCAUGGACCUCUUACGGCGGGAGGUGGACCGGAGCGCCGCGCCGGAGUUCGUGGCGCUCGACAUCCGGGACGAGGCGGAGUCACCCGAUGCCAACGCGGACCAGAUGAUGGAGUCAUCGUUGGUUGGGAAGGCUCUCGAGCGGGAGCGGAGCGGCGACGGCGGCAAUCCUCCUUCCACCGGUGCGGCGGGCUUGUAUGAAAAGCAGGCGGUGCCUGUGCACGCUGAUUGUAGCCCGAGGGAGCAGUUCCACCCCUUGACACCAACAGCCGUCGGGGCGAAGCGCCGACGUGCGGGCCGGCGGGUUCCGCGGUGGCGUGAUCCCAGGAAGAUCCUAUUCGCCUUCGCAGCACUAUCCAGCGUGGGCACGUUGAUACUGCUGUACUUCACGCUCUCCAUGGGGAAGAUGACAGGAGGUCAAGCUGAUGGAGAGUGAUAGGAUCAGCCUUGCUUUGUCUUGCUUGACAUAGCAUUUUACUAAUGUUUGUACAGAAGAAUCUAAGAAAUGGCUGGAUGCUAAUGUAGCAGUCAUACAUCAGUGCGUGUAUCACCAUUAUUUGAUAUGUUUGUACAUAGACACAGGAUAGGUUACAGAUAAAGUUUUAAGGGAAGAGUUUUUGCUGUGCUGCUACGAGGAAGCUCAAGGAGGCCGCGCUGCUUCCACGCCGAGUUUUUGCUCGGGGUUUGCUA